CCAGCACCUGACCACAACAUGGCAAGCUGAUCCUUCGCUGGAUUCUGGUCACUCGCGUCUCCUCACACCUGGAUUGCCCAGCACAAGCUCGAGAGAGCGCAUACAGCAGACCAUGCGAAGCAUCUGUGCGGUAUGUGGCGGCGCGAGGCCUUUGGCUAUCAUUGCACGGCAUGCCUUCUCGUCACUCACACCGGGUGCUCAUCCGGUCAAGAGUGCUCUGCUACCUCGCAAGCGGCUCAGACUCGCAUUUGCUGAUCGUGAUGCAAGUCGAGAGUCCCACUUCCACACGUCGAGGUCCUUUAGCAACUCUGCCGUUUGCCGGGCCAAAGGCGAACACAGAGACGACAGUCAACUGGUUGCCGACGAGCCACUGACCGGAUCAGCCAAGCUGCUUGCAGAUGCUCUGGCGGAAGAGGCAUCCUUGGGAGGUCACGCAAGCGAGGAAUCUAGAAGAGAUGCAGAGAAAAAGGCUCGUCUCAUCGCUGGUCAAGGCGAAGUGUGGACGGGCGAUGAGCGGGUAGAAGCGACGAUUGAACGAAUGUUGCAGGACAAGUACAAGCCUUUGAGGAUGCGUGCACCUCAGAGCGGUUACAAUUCCCAACAUCCAGGGGACGUCAAGAUGGGCAGCAUACAACAACCAGACAUGAGUGGUCGAAUCAAGACCGCACCUAGUAUGACGUCGACGGGCAGUGUUGGAACUCAUGUGGUCCCGCAGAGCACUUCAAGUCGAAUCUCUGCACUCCUGGAUCUUCCACCACCGGACGCCGAAGGUCGCAGACUACCAAAGACUCCAGAAGGCCAACCAUGGCUCGCAAGUUUCAUCAACCCCGCGCAUAUCGGCGGUAAGAGUAGAGACGAGUCUGGAGGGAGCAUUUAUAGAGCAAAGUACAUUUCUGUCAUUCCCAACAAGAGCAAGAAAACGGCCGGUAUACCCUGGGAUGACCCGAGGGCGAUGAGCAGACUGAGGGAGGGAAGAAGGAAAGCGGAGAGACAAGGUAGAAUGCUGCGUGCCAAGGAAAACACUCUUGAUUACAGAUUGGGCCUUAGACGAGGCUCGGACGGAAGAGUGCUAGAUGUAGACGAAGCACACCCCGAAGAGCUGGAGAAGAGUGAACUUCGUACCUCUGGCGCACCUCUUUCAGAAAGCGACGCGGCGAACUGGGACUUGACCGACGUGACCGACAGAAGAAGUCAGGAGGAGAAAGAUUCUGAACUCGUAUUCACUUCUGGCGGAGGAGGUAUUGGUGGCAUCAUAGAGGAACGCAUCAAAGAAAGCAUGAGAAACGGGAAUUUCAAAACGAACUCUUUGCGCGGUAAGCCUUUGAGCCGGACAGAGGAGGAGAGCAAUCCGUACCUUUCUCGCGAAGAGCGCUUGAUGAAUCGCCUCGUGAAGCGACAAGGCGCAGCGCCACCCUUCGUGGAGCUGAACAGCGACCUGGAAUCCACGCAUCAGAAUUUUCGCAUGAGGUUGCAAGAUUCGUGGGUUCGUCGCGCCAGUAGGAUCAUUCUCGCCGAAGGCAAGUUGGAGCGGGUGAUCGGAGAAGCGACUGUGCAGAGUAUUCCCCACGCUCCCAAGACGUCUGGAUCUGCGGAGAGCGGUGAUUUUGGAACAGCAUACACACAGCUUUUGCAGCUCGUCUCGAGCUACCGAGACGUGGCGUGGCAAGCCACGGAGCGAGGCUAUCACGAAGCUUGCGUUGCCGAUAUAAACAGGUCUAUUCGGCGAUACAAUGGCGUAGCGCCAUUUCACGCGCGCAGAGCUCUAGUCGAUGUGGAUUCGGAGCUGCAAAGAUGCUUCGAGGCCAGCAUCGAAGAGAUUGCGGUCAGUCUGAUAGAGGGCUUGCGCAAGAGCGGCAAACUUUCUCCCGAACUGUUGAGCAGCUUGCCUGUCCGUCUCACCGCGCCUUCGAGCCGAAGAUCGGGCCGCCUUGGACUUGAUCCACAUUUACCGAAAAAGGAACCCGGCACUGGACUUCCUGAUCCGGCCUUUGCUACGCUCGAUACCACCUUCAGGUCUUUUGGCGAAGAAGCCCGACAAGGACGUUUCCAGCGGCAAGGCCUCGGCCUGGCUCUGCUCUUGAGACGCACUGUCGAACGUGCCAGACACUUGUUCGGCGCAUGAUCCGCAGCCCUUACCCCCAGCUUUGCCUCUGUGCGAAUACAUGCACUCUUCCUCCCGCACAUUCGCGGCGAUAGACUCUUGUUUUGCGCACGUCUUUGCACGCCCUCGCAUCUUAAAGCAAUUCCCUAUUAAAAAGGAGCAAAAAUGCAGUCUCAAAAGUACAAAAAUCUUGCAACGUGGCAGCAGCUCAAGAGUUUACGGCGGC